GACCUGUGCACCGGCCAGUGUACCACAACGCGGAAUUUUGUUUCAAACGCUUAAGACACAUUCGCGAUUGCACACGGCCAUUCGUAUCGUAGUAUGCGUUUUUUUUUAAUUCGUACAUAGAAUUUAUAAAAAUAAUCGUAUCGACUACUUGUGCAUAUUAUUACAGCCGUCCGGUGCCAUUAUGCAUAUCAAAUCUCUAUGGGGCGUGUUGUUUGCGACACUGUUAACCGCGUCCACGGUGGUGGAAUGCCGAAGAGUGAAUGUGAAAGCGGCCGACGAAGUCGAAGACGAGCGGCUCGAGGACGACAGGCCACAACAGCUGAAGCCCGUGCUGGUGUCUAGGAGGCCGUUGAGGCCGUUGGCCGAUGCGGAAACCGAACGGCAGCCGGUGGUGAUCGUCCGCCAAGCGCCCAGACAACAGCUGCUGCAGCAGAGACCGGCCGCCGCCGAAGAAGAAGAAGACCCGGACCAACAGCCGCCCGCCAUCGCCAUCAGACAGCCCGGUAGAUCGCUGCAACAACAGCGGGCGCCGCCGUCUCAACAACAGUUCUUGCAACAGAGACUGAAGGAACCGCAACCAGAGAAGAAAGAGCCCACCGCUCAGACAAUCAGAAAUUACAACAAGCUCAACGACGACGGUUCGUUCACUUUCGGUUAUGAAGCGGACGACGGCAGUUUUAAAGAGGAGACUCGCGGCACCGACUGCGUAGUCAGAGGCAAAUACGGUUACGUCGACCCGGACGGCAACAAAAGAGAGUUCUCUUAUGUUCAGGGCAACCCGUGCGACCCGAAUGCGGUAAACGACGACCAAGAAGACCAGCAACCGACCAAACCCGACGAAGAAGAGAACAUACCAGCGAACGUGCCCAAACCGAAGCCUAAGAAGAACCGUCCGACGACCACCCUGUUCCAACAACAAUUCGGCGAUUUUGAGCAGCCGUCCACGACCCCCCGUCAACCGGGCCGUCAGUUUUCCGACGCUCCCAGGGCCCCCCAGAUUUCUCCUACCUCCGACCGGCCAUCGUCUACGGCGGCACCACCCGCGUUCAGACCGUCCGAAAGUCUAGAAUCGGCAUUCCGCGCUUUACCUCAACCGCCCCAACAAAACGCCAUCCCGACCGGAUCUAACCAACCCCUUUACACGACCGAAUUGGUGUUCAACCCGGCCACCGGACAAUAUAACACUGUCAUCUACCAACAGGUACCCAAGCAACAUGCAGGUAUUAGCCUUAAACAGCGUUUACCGUUGGCGCCCCCGAGUCAACAAUUCGACACUCAACCUCAACCGCCGGCCGCUUUCCGGCCAUCUGCGCUCGCCCAACAGUUCCAACCCGAAUUCCCUCCGACGAGGUCCGACUUCAACUUCCAGAGGCCGGCUUCGUUUUCGGGACCCGUUGCCCAACAGCAGUUCGUCCAACAACAACAGGCGACGAUGUUCCAACAAUCGCAAAAUUUGUUUAGACAACAGCAACAACAACAACAGCAACAGCAAAAACAAUUGAUCCAACCGUUCCCCGCGCAACAACAGUUCGCCGCCCAACAACCCUUCCAAUCGGUGCAAUUUUUCCCGCCACCGCCACCAGCUCAGCGUUUCGCCGAACAGCCACGAUUCCCCCAACAACCUAAACAACAGCGUUUUGAACCUCAACCGGAAGCUCAUCAACAGCAGUUUGUGCUCGUUCAACCCGGACGGACAACCGCCCAGCAAAGUCUGGCCGCCGGCCAAAUAGACGCGUUUCUAAGAGGCCACAACGUACAACUCUAAACGGAAUAAUUUAAUUUCUACUUAAUUAUUAUUAUAACUAUGUACAUAGUAAGAGUCUAUCUAUUUUAUAACUGUAUUAUAGAGUACCUUAUUUUUGUGUAAGCUACUAAUUAAGAAUUUGCAACACGUAUUGUUAUUAUCAUUAUUUUGUACGAUUAAUAUAUAUAUAUAUAGUAUAGUAUAUUAUAAAUGUAUAAUUCACACCGGUUGAGCCAGCGUUUUCACUUGCCGAAGGUGAAAGCCAUUAACGACGUCACUUUGCUAAAUAUGUUAUUUUAUAAUAUGUUAUCAAAUAAUUAAGGAUGUUUUUCUUUACACAUUCGUGUAAUUUUAUGUUCCAAAAAUAAUUAUGUGCUCAAACAUGUCGAACAAUUUGUAAAUACUUAAAAAUCUUAUAUGUAUUUUGUAUUUGUUUUUAUCAAUGUUUACUUUGCAUGAAAAUAAAUCACAUG